UAUAGGUAUACGUACAGCGAACGAUCGUGCCAUAAGUGAAUGGGGAUCCUACAGAGAAUGUUUACUAAACGCAUAAUUAACACGUGAAGGAUCAUAAUCUUGAGGAUUUAUUAUACCAGUAACUUUAUAUCGUCUGUAAAUGCUAUGCUUCGUUAUGAGAUCUCAAACGAUUGUGUAACUCGAUGCACAUGUGAGGUUGUAAAAAACGUGGACGAAACGCUACUUGUUUGUAUUUUAGCAUCGAUUUGACAAAUUUUAAAUAUUUUACGGUAUGAAAUAUCGUGCUAACUUGAGGGUUUUUCAGUUUCUGAGACUACAGCACAGUAACAUUUUUUGUAAAAGCAUGUCGACCCAAGUCGAUAGCGUGAGCCAGGACGAAAAUAUCAUCGAGCAAACUAAUAAAAGGCAAAUAGGUGAUGAGGAGAUCAAUGGGGUUCCGGCCAAAACGGCAAAGAUCGAAGGAAACGAGAAGAAGUUUAAGAGGAAGAACUCUGUGAUAAUGCUGAGUUACGUCGGUAGAGAUUACUUGGGAAUGCAAAUUAAUCGUGGCACGAAAACUAUAGAGGAAUGUUUGCUCUCUGCUCUGUUGAAAGCUGAUUUCAUUACAAAGGAGCAGUUCGAAGACGUAAGGGAGAUUAAAUUUCAAAGGGCAGCGCGUACAGACAAAGGAGUGUCAGCAGUUAGAAAUAUCGUCUCUCUGAAGCUGCCCGAUCAUGUAAAUAAAGAGGAUAUCAACAAACACCUUCCAGAAGACAUAAGAGUAUUCGGUAUAAAACGAGUGACAAAAGGUUUCAAUAGUAAAAAUAGAUGCGACGCUAGGACGUACAGGUACGUCCUUCCCACGUUCGCCUUUGCUCCGGAGGAUCCGAACUUUUUACGUAUCGAGAAAGAGGAAGAGGAAAUAGACGAGGAGAAACGGCUGAAACAGCUUUCCGUAAUAGACGGAAAGCCUUACAACGAAUUUCGCCUGACUCCAGAGAUGCUAGAGAAGUUGAGCGAGACUCUGAAAUUAUUAGAGGGCACACAUAACUUUCAUAACUUCACUUCGAGAACAAAGCCGAUGGAUCCGAGAGCCAAGCGUUACAUAGUAUACUUCCGAUGCGUCGAGACGUUCGUCGCGAACGACAUGGAGUUCGCAGUAUUGGAGAUCAAAGGACAAAGCUUCAUGUUGCAUCAGAUCAGAAAAAUGGUCUCUCUGGUAGUCGGGAUUUGCAGGAACAUCGUGACAAGCGAUAUUGUCAAAGACGCGUUCUCGUUGGAGAGAGUCGACAUUCCCAUCGCACCAGGUUUAGGAUUGAGUCUACACUUUGUACAUUACGGAUAUUAUAACGAGAGGUACGGAGAAGAUGGAAUCCACGAAACGUUGGAUUGGAAGGAAUGCGAUGAAGACGUGGAAAGGUUUUAUAAAGACCACAUUUUAAAGGACAUCGUAGAUACAGAAAUCGCAAAGAACGUGACACUGAAAUGGUUGGCUUCCUUCCUGACGCCAAAGAGAUUCGCAUUUAAGGAUGUUGUUCCAGUAACAUCGACGGACGCUCCAUAAAACAAUUGUAUCUCUGUCAAUUAAACGAAUAUAUCAUUGAUUUCGA